AAAGUGGGAUUAGAUCAUAUCAAGUCAAUGUUUGGUGUAUUAUGCAUAUUGGCCGAUAUUGGUGAUAUGUACAAAUUUGAAUCAUUUGAAAACAUGUCGAAAGUACAUGGUCAUAUAAUUCGUGCUCAUGGUAGAAAACUACAGCACUGGGUAUUAUAUUCACUGAGAAAAUUCACGUACUUAUUUAUGAAGCUAUCAAGUGUAGAUUGUCUGGUUUUAUUCAAAAAGAAAACAGAUAAAAUUCUUCCAUUCAUCUACUUCUUUAUAGAUUAUAUCAUAAGUGCAACUUGA